ACCAGAAGCAGAAGAGGCGAAGAUCAUGAGUCACCGAUCGUCAAUGGCGGAUGGAGGAGCAGAAGAGGAACAAGUAGAAAAAUGGGUCAAAUAUUAUUCAUCCUUUCAUGAAAUACUGUUAGUGGGUGAAGGGGACUUCUCAUUUUCUUUGUGUUUGGCCAAGUCUUUUGGCUCUGCUUCUAACAUUGUGGCCUCUUCUCUCGACUCUUAUGAUGAUCUGAUCAACAAGUACAAGAAUGCGAAAUCCAAUCUUGAACUUUUGAAGAACUUAGGAGCAUCCCUUUUGCAUGGUUUGGAUGCGACAAAGAUGAAGUUUCACAAUGAUCUCCUGAUGCGAAAGUUCGACCGCAUCAUUUUCAACUUUCCUCACGCAGGUUUCCAUGGAAAGGAGGAUGGAAUCCAUCUUAUUGGGAUGCAUAGGAAACUGGUGUUUGGAUUUCUCCGCAAUGCAGGAGGAAUGCUACGAGCUGAUGGUGAAAUUCAUAUUAAUCACAAAACUACCGCACCAUUUUGCCACUGGAAUCUCCACGAACUGGGAAUUAGGAAUUCUUUGAUGUUAAUUGAAUGCGUCGAUUUCAGAAUAGAAGAAUAUCCAGGUUACAGUAAUAAAAGAGGAGCCAGUCCAAGAGGCAAUGACUCAUUCCCCUUGGGUGAAUGCAGUACUUUCAAAUUCAUAGUCUCUCCUGCUGUUAAGAACGGUAAAGCAGGGAAUUUGGAUUUAGCACCAGGGACGUCUCAGGCUUUGCAACUGAUUCCUAAACCUGUCCACCUCCUGCAGAAGCAGCCAAUUUCUUUUAAUUUGCUACAUCCUCAAAUGAUUUCCGGCGGUCGCAUUGAUAACACGCUAGAGCAUACCGGAUUGCCUUUACGCAGCCACCUGAGAAAUGAAUGCUUUAGAAUUUUUGGGAAAUAUUUGCAUCAUGCUGAAGAAACAUUUGGUAGAACAGAUUAUGAUGUCUCUCACUCCGUCCGUGAGGCACUGAGGCUCGGUUACAAAAGUUACAUGACGGGGGAUUCGGGAAGAUCCUUAAGUGGUUAUAUAAGCAUGUUGCAAGAGCUUCAACAUCAGAGCAUUUUGAGAUCAACAUGGCUCCGGAACAGGCUAGCAGAAGUUUGUGAUCUGCAGCUUUGAGCAAGAGGAUAGGGAAAUUGAAGCGCCUCACCUUUUUUGUUACAGUCAACUCGUGUAUAUGCUCUUCUCUUUGGACUUUUUUGCAAAGCCUGUUUUGCUAAGAGUCGGUGGUGUUGCUUGAAGCCUAAUGGUUGAAUCUUCUUCAAUAGUGCUUUCUCAAUAUUCCUGAAAUGAAUGAAUUGUAUCAUACCUGUCCUAGAAUUCAGUAUGAUGAGUGAUUGAUUAUACGUAUCAAAACGU